UUGCACUAGUAAUGAAAGAAAUAAUGUAAAUGGAAGAAAUAAGAAACAACGGCCAUCACUAUGGCGCUCUAAGUCUCAUUCCACAGAACCAACGGUUCGAAGUUCGGAAAUUUCCCGCUGGCGGGAAGGAAGAAACGUAAAGGAAAACCAUGAAAGUCGACAAAUUGAAGCUUCGCCAGGCAGUAGAUUCACUCUACUCUAUCGGCCCAGCAAGCCAAGAGUCCUACACCCGGCUCGUGCUAGAAUGCUUUGGGGCCAACGAUGCCGAUCAAGCCAAGCGAUUGCAGUCCCACAUGGACGCUUACUCCUACCGCCCGGCCGAUUCCUUCAUUCACAAUCGACUCCUCCAUCUGUACGCGAAAUCCGGCCAGAUACCCAGUGCUCGCCAACUGUUCGACAAAAUGCCCCACAGAGACAUCUUCUCCUGGAACGCUAUGCUGUCGCUGUAUGCGAAAUCCGGGUGCGUUGACGACUUGCAAGGCACGUUCGACAGGAUGCCUUCCCGGGAUUCGGUUUCCUAUAAUACCGUGAUUUCGGGUUUGGCUGGACGUGGGUGUGCAAGCAAGGCGCUUUCUGCCUUUGUGAAGAUGCAAAGAGAGGGGGUUGUGCCCACAGGGUACACAGUUGUUAGUGUUGUGAAUGCUUGUACGCAGUUGUUGGAUUUGAGGAGAGGGAAGCAGAUCCACGGGAGGAUAAUCGUUCGCGGUUUCGGAGGUAAUCCUUUUAUUUCGAAUGCGUUAACUGAUAUGUAUGCGAAGUGUGGGGAGAUCGCUGUGGCGAGGUGGCUCUUUGAUAGGAUGACGAAUAAGAACUUGGUGUCAUGGAAUUCGAUGAUCUCUGGUUACUUGAAGAACGGGCAGGCUGAUAAAUGCAUUGAAUUGGUUGGUGAAAUGGAGUUGUCUGGUUUGAAGCCUGAUCAAGUUACACUUUCAAACAUCCUCACUGCAUAUUUUCGGAAUGGAUGUUUGGAACAAGCGGGUAAAUUAUUUAGGAAGAUUUCCGAGAAGGAUAAGGUAUGUUGGACAACUAUGAUAGUUGGUUAUACCCAAAAUGGCAAGGAAGAGGAAGCUCUGAUGUUGUUUAAAGAAAUGACGUUAGCAAAUGUCAAGCCGGAUACUCAUACCAUCUCGAGUGUGGUUAGUUGCUGCUCUAAGCUAGCUUCUCUGAAUCAUGGCCAAGUUGUUCACGGGAAAGCAUUUGUGGUGGGAGUUGAUGAUGACCUGCUGGUUUCUAGUGCUCUUGUUGAUAUGUAUUGCAAAUGUGGAGUCACUAGGGAUGCGUCGAGUCUGUUUACCAUGAUGUCAGCCCGAAAUGUGGUUUCUUGGAAUUCAAUGAUUUGUGGGUAUGCUCAAAAUGGGCAGGAUUCAGAUGCUUUGGCACUUUUUGAGAUCAUGUUGGUAGAAAAAGAACUGAAACCAGAUCAUAUUACCUUCGUAAGUGUGCUAUCUGCUUGUAUCCAUGCUGGUUUGGUUGAAGAAGGAAAGAGAUAUUUUGGAUCAAUGAGUGGAAUUCAUGGCUUGUCUCCUACUUUAGAUCAUUAUGCGUGCAUGGUUAAUCUCCUUGGGCGUUCAGGAAGCAUUGAUGAAGCUGUUGAGCUAAUUAGUAGCAUGCCCCAUAAGCCAGAUUCCUUGAUUUGGUCAAGCCUUUUAAAUGUUUGUGCAACGAAGGGUAACAUCAAGUAUGGGGAGAUGGCAGCGAGGAAACUAUUUGAAUUGGAUCCUUUGAAUGCCGGACCUUACAUCUUGUUAUCCAACAUGUAUGCCAGUGAUGGAAGGUGGAAGGACGUUGCAGCUCUGAGAAGUUUGAUGAAGACCAACAACGUGAAGAAAUUCGCAGCCUACAGUUGGGUUGAUAUCAACAAUGAAGUCCACAAAUUCGUUGCAAACGACCGGAGUCAUGUUGAUUCAAUAGCUAUAUACGAGGAACUCAAUGAUUUGAUAAAGAAGGUUCAGGAAGUUGGGUACAAGCCUAAUACAAACUUGGUUCUACAUGAUGUUGGGGAACAAGAGAAACUGGAGUCCAUUAGUUAUCACAGUGAAAAGCUUGCUCUCGCAUUUAUGUUGAUGAAAAGGCCUCAUGAGGCUAUGCCAGUAAGGAUAUUGAAGAACCUUCGUGUUUGUGGCGACUGUCAUGCAUUUAUGAAGUUUGCAUCUAAAGUUACGGGUAGGACUAUCGUAUUGAGAGAUUCAAACAGAUUCCAUCAUUUUGUUGGAGGGAAAUGCUCCUGCAAUGACCACUGGUGACAGAAAAUGAGGAACACUGGGCGAACUGCCUGAUAUUGACACUGGAAACCAUCGAUUGCUUAUGGCUGUUGACAGCCUCCACGAUUCAAAGGGAAGAAGAGUUUAUUUAUCUGGUACUUUGGUCAGUUCAGAGAACGUCACGCUGAACCGUCAAGGUACUAACCAGCCGAUGGGGAGUGGAUAGUAGACAAAGAAGGCCGAGAAUGUUCACGAGGUAGAGUAACCCAUUGUUGACAAUAUGGAUUCAGUAGAUGUAUUUUGGCUAACUUUGAAAAUGGAAAUGGCUUUCUUAAGCAUGCCCUGAUUGUUUUUGGCGACUUCCUGUACGUUGGUUUCAGGAAUUGAAACCAUUGGCCAAAUUUGCAGAUGGAUGAUGAAAUCCAAGAUGAAUGCAGGCCCAAGAUACCAGAGCUAGGAAAGCUAAGGCUGACCAAGUUGGGCUUCUGAUAACUCUUUUUCUCGUUGGACUUUCACAUGUCUGAUUUCUCCACAUUCCACAAGAUACAAUGUUCAUCGUAGGAUGUAGCGCGCGAGAGUAUUCAAAUACGAGAUCUUCAUUUUGAAAAUCAGCAAUAAUAAAACCGCUAGAUCAAACUCUUGUAUUGGAUUUCGAAACACAUCAUCGAUCUAAACCUCUUUAAGGCGAGUCUAACACGAUAACCACUUUGCCUGAACCCAACAUUGCUUCCCUUUAUAUUGACCUUUUGAUUGUAGCUGUAGAUUUCUAUCAUUGAAAAACAGGGUAAAAAAAACAGAGCAUUACCGUUCAAUAUCUAUCUCGUCCUCCUAAAUUUUUUUACCAUGAUGACUGAUACAAAACAUAUCCUCUCCUUUUCCACUCAUGAUCCUGGCGAGCUUUCCCUUUCCAAGACUGUGAAACCUUCAGUGGGAAGGACUGUGGAAGAGCACUACCCUGCAAGCAAAAGUGCAUGGAGGAGACACGAUCCUUCCUCCAUAGCCACAAAAGAAAAAACAGGGGGCACGAUGACUCGUGAGAAACAUGCAUUUUCUUCCAUCAGAAAAGUUCCACCUCUGUCCAAAGAAAGGCAAGUGAAAGGAUUGGCCUAUCAUAUAACUUCCCUUAAGGGCUCAUUUUCUGCUCCCUUUUGGUUCAAGAGACAUGAUGAUAUCCCCAUCAUUUUCAGGUUGAAACGCAGGGGAGGGAUGGAUCUCCAUAAUUUUGCAUGCAAGUUGUUUGCUUUCUAUAUGGAGUUUUGCUGGAGGAUCCGCGGCAGAUCCAGAAUACAGAAGUGCACUAGGC